AUGGCAGGUCACUGCGGUUUUAGUAUUGAAAAGGCUUUGAAUAUACUGCUUGAAUUAUCUGCUUCCUCCUGCAAAGAGCCCAAGAAUGGUCAGUAUUGUGAGGUUUUCAUCCUACCCGAGGCUCCUGCUGUAGAGGUUGGAGUACCAAAGCUAACUGAUGGGGCAUCUGAUUCCACUUCUCAUUCGUCCAAAAGCGAACUUCAGAAUAGUAUAUGGUCUCUGGGCUGUAAUAGCAGGAAUUAUUUCAAGGCACUUACUAGUUCUGAAGUGCCUUCUUUGACAAGCAGUGGAGGUUCCGAGUCAGAACUCCCUCAAAAGGUGUUGGAAUCUUUGUUUAACAUGCCCAGGCCCAAGAGUUGUGAACAUGAACCGAACAUUAUGAAUUGGAGGAAUGUAGUCAAGAAAAUGGAGUCCUUGGGACAAAAAAUUGAAUCUUGUCCUUCUGGUGAUGGAAAAACACAGCCACAUGCUUAUGCUAACGGAGAUGAAUACCUGGUGUUCAGAAAAACUGCAAAGCAGCACUGGGACUCGACGAAAUCCUACUAUCAGAAGGCUGCAACAGCAUAUACAAAUGGUAAACGGGAUUAUGCUGCUUACCUUUCUGAGCAGGGAAGGUUACACAGUAAAAUGGCUCGUGAGGCAGAUGAAAAGGCAAGCAAAGAUAUAUUCAAGGCUAGGAACAAGAGCAUUGAAAACGUUGUAACAAUUGAUCUGCAUGGGCAACAUGUCAAACAAGCAAUGAGGCUUUUAAAGCUUCACCUGCUAUUUGGAGCAUGUGUACGCUCUGUGCAGUCAUUCAGGGUCAUCACUGGAUGUGGGAGCCAGGGUGUGGGGAAGUCCAAGAUGAAGCAGUCGUCCCAUAAAGUGCGAGUUAUUUGCAUGCAGGUCGUUACUCUCUUGGAAAAAGAACGUAUUGAAUGGAGUGAAGAGAACAGGGGAACGUUGUUUAUCAGACUAGAUGGACAGAGAGAGUUCAGCUUUCUAGAUUCUGAGAGCGAUAGUGAGUAG